AUGGUAGAUUACCAGCCAGUACGAAAUGUGCCUAGUGAAGAUUCACAAGAAGGUACAAGUGCAAGACACGAAGAAAAUCUGGGAAUAAAUGUAAGAAAUGGUGGGUCAAUGGGUGCAAAAAUCAUAUCAUUCUGUCGAAAGUAUGCACGUUUCAUUGGCCCAGGUCUCAUGGUCUCGGUAUCAUACAUGGAUCCUGGCAAUUUUAGUACGGCAGUGGCUGCAGGGUCAGCACACCGUUACAAGCUUCUAUUCUCGGUUUUCAUCUCGAAUUUACUUGCAGCGUUUUGGCAAUGUUUGUGUGCGAAGCUUGGCGCUGUCACUGGUUUGGACUUGGCGCAGAAUUGUCGACGCCACCUUCCGCCGUCUUUGAAUCUUGCGCUCUACAUAUUGGCCGAAGUUGCUAUUAUAGCGACCGAUCUAGCCGAAGUCGUCGGUACCGCCAUUUCCUUGAACAUCUUGUUCAAUAUCCCACUAGCUUUGGGAGUUGUUCUCACCGUGGUCGAUGUUUUGGUGGUCUUGAUGGCGUACAAGCCAAACGGAUCUUUGAAGUUGGUUAGAUGGUUCGAGAUGUUCGUUUCCGUGCUCGUUGUUGGGACAGUCAUUUGCUUUACAAUUGAACUGUUCUCAGUGCCAAUCACUAACGUCUCCGAUGUGUUCCGCGGAUUUCUGCCUACUAGGGCAGUGGUUGACGGUGACGGCAUUUAUCUCAGUUUGGCAAUUUUGGGCGCCACGGUGAUGCCACACAGCUUGUAUCUCGGAUCAGGGGUGGUUCAACCUCGGUUGCGGAACUACGACAUUAAAAACGGUUACUACACCCCGAACGACGCUGACAUCCAAAGCAAUCAUACCAAUUACAAACCUUCAUUGGAUGCUAUCAACGACACUUUACAUUUUACCAUUGCAGAGCUUCUGAUCUCGCUUUUCACCGUCGCGCUUUUCGUCAAUUGUUCCAUUUUGAUUGUCGCGGGCGCAACGCUGUAUGGCUCUACACAGGAUACUGACGCAGCAGAUUUGUUCUCCAUAUACAAUUUACUGUGCGAAACGCUUUCGAAGGGUGCAGGCACGAUUUUCGUUCUCGCGCUUUUGUUUUCGGGCCAAUCCGCCGGCAUCAUCUGCACCCUGAGUGGCCAAAUGAUCUCUGAAGGAUUCUUGAACUGGUCCAUUACCCCUGCAUUACGCCGUGCCCUCACACGUGCGGUGGCCAUCACACCUUGUCUAAUAUUGGUUCUCGUUGCUGGCCGUAAGGGUCUUUCAGGUGCUUUGAAUGCGUCUCAAGUGGUUCUCUCGUUGCUUUUGCCCUUCGUGUCUGCUCCUCUUCUGUAUUUUACUAGCAGCAAGAAAAUCAUGAGCGUUGAAAUUGGAAAUAAUUGCUACUACGAGCUCAGAGACACCGGAAUUCCACUGCAAGAUCUCGAUUACGCCACGGCGUGGGAAGAACGAACCGAAACACCAGAACCCAAAUUCGUCGAUAUGAGCAACACACUGUUUACAAAUGUCAUUGCAGUAUUGCUGUGGCUAUUUAUUUCGGGUUUGAAUUUUUACCUUUUGGCUAGCUUCUCUUUGGACCAGGAGGUACAUCUGUAG